UAGGACUAAAAUAGUAAAUGGCGCUCGGUUUACAUACUGUUUAGUAUGCUAGUAUGCUAGUGCGGUAGUGCUCAUUUACUCCAAGAGUCCUCUUCACUCUGCUCAGUUUUAGGGAUAUUGAUCUGUUUUGAAGCAUGGCUGAAAAUGAAGAGACCACGAGUCAUGCUUUUGUGGAGGUUAUGGAGCCUUCAGAUAUGAAUCUGCCCCUGCUGUCUGAAACUGAAAACCUCCCAGAUGAUGUGAUUUUAAUCAGUCCCUUAACCCCACCACUAGCCUCCCUUCCAGCUCUGGAGCAACAUCAGCUCUGGAUGGACUCCGAGUGUGGAGUAAGCAGUAACACUGGAAAUGCAUCAGAUGAACCUUUUUCAGUGAAGGCUUCUGACAGCGUGAGAGAAAUGGAUCCUCUGUUCGGAAGCGAGCUCAUUCCUACAGAGGUAGUGCAGAGGGGCAAAGUCGAGAAACACGAGUGUUCAGAAUGCAGUAAAGUAUUCGGGACCACAUACGCUCUCAACAAGCACUUGCUAACUCACCAACCGGAGAGAUCUCAUGUCUGUAAUAUCUGCCAGAAAGGGUUUAAACGCCACGAUCACCUCACAGGCCACAUGCUGACUCACCAGAAGAGGAAGGAUUACCAUUGCUCUCAUCCUGGCUGCCAGAAGAUGUAUUGUGGCUACCGCUCACUAAAACGGCAUUGUGCCACGCAACAUGGUACAUACCUCCUCCCCCCAUCCUCUCAGCCCAGCGCCCUUAACACCCAACCAUGCCCACCUCCAAAGCUUCCUGUAGUGAAAGAUGGUGUAUCGACCUCAGCUGACUACCAUUCUUACUUCCCUCCACCCAAACCUCAUUCCAUCUUUCAGUUUGAGGGUUACACCGGCUGUGGAACCAGUUACAACAAUUACACUUUGGCAGCAAAUCUCGAGGACCCCAACCUAUCCCAAGUAAAGCUUCCUGUCAUCUCUCAAUCUUGGAGCCUAGCAGCAGAUGGUGAUUCCUGCAGUUUGGAGAGUGCAAUUGACUUGACAGCGUCUCAUAGUAUGGUGAUGUCAAACCAGUGGGCAUCAACCUCAAGUCUUGGGGGUGGUGUGGUGAACCCAGUAGAACCAGAAACUGUCCAUACUUGGGAACGUAACUUGGAUUUUUUAGUAACAAAUCUCCAAACAUGGAAAGAGGCACCGUCCAUCCAACCUAGCAAGGAGGUAACCGACACUGGAAUGGGUAGUCAGCCGUCUUCAGCUUGCCCCAGAAGGAAUCGACCCAUUUUGUUGAAGCUUAGCAUGCGACAGCAUGAACCUCAGAAUAAGCAGCAGGCUCUCAUGAGUGGAGAAGCAUCAUGCUCAAAAUCAAACAUUGCUGGAUCAUCAUACCAGAUGGAACCCAUCAUUCCUCCUCUACCUCCUGCAUCCAAAUCCAAGACCAAGAAGAAGAGAGUAAAGAAGAAGAUCUUGAAGGCUGCCAAUAUUCCCACCCCUCCUCUACCUUCUCCCAGACCCACUACUCAAAGACGGCCCAGACCCCGCCCUGCUUACCUCGUCUCCCCUAGCCAGGUAGCCAUGGCAUCCUUUAGUAAAGAGAGCGCCCCCUCUGACACACUCAAGGAAGGAAGUUCUACUGCAAUGACACGAAAUGGAAGAGAAUCUGGUGAAAGAACAUAUCUAAAAUACCCACCAAGCAGGCAUGCACAGUACUCACCUUCACAUUCACAAGCUCCAUCAACCUCCUACAUGAUGGAUCAACAGUUAGUGGACUCAAUCUCCUCAACAAGGGAUGGGAGAGUGGACAUGGAUGGUGAUUGCUACCAGGUGGACCAGGAAGUCCAGCUUUCCCCACUAGUCAUCCCAGUUUCUGUCCCUGUCUCAAGCAAAGAAGUCUCAUUCAACAAAGCCUCUGGACAUACAAUCUCCCUGCAGAUCGAGAAGCAGCAGAAUGUCAAAUGUCUGUCCAAGACGUCUCGUCAUCCCGGUCUUCUUAGGAGCUUGAUCACACCCAACCUGGCGGCAGGAGGUUACCCGAGUCAGCUGCGUUCACCCACCUACCUAGCCGACCACCUGCUGAACUUUGACCCACCUCCCUACACACCCCCUCCCAUGCUAAGCCCGCUACGCCCAGGAACAGGGCUCUAUUUCAACACCCUACCCCAGUACCAGCCUUGCCUGCCCCCACCUAGCAUCUAUUCUGCUUCCCUGGAUAGUAAAGACGGGAUCUCUUUAAUAUUGGAUAAUACAGUCGUCAGCAUAGAACCAAAGAUCAACGUGGGUUCACGUUUCCAGGCUGAGAUCCCUCCACUGCGCAAUCCUUUGCUUAUUUUGUAUGAUGAGCACCCUGCUCAGCUUGUCUGGGCUCCAUGGGGAGACCUGCCCACUAAUCCCAAGACACAACAGAAGGUUACAGAAUUCCUAGACAUGUGCUGUUCCAGUGUGCUACCAGGAGGGGGCACAAACACCGAACUUGCGCUUCACUGUCUGCAUGAAGUCCAAGGAGACAUUCUAGCUGCACUGGAUUUGCUCUUAGUCAGAGGAGAUUAUCGGACUUCCUGUCACCCAUUAAGUGACUAUCACUACACAGGGUCUGACCACUGGACUGCUCAGGAGAUGAGACUCUUCCAGAAAACUUUGCUCAAUCAGACCAAGGAUUUUCAGUUAAUUCACCAAGCGUUGCAGACCAAAUCAGUGGCCCAGUGUGUGGAGUAUUAUUAUGCCAUGAAGAAGCUGAAGAAGUUCAAGCAGCGGUGUAGAGGAAUAGAAAGCACUGAUGGAGCUGGAAAGAGUUCUGAGUCUCACAGUGCCACAGAUGAGCAGUAUGAUAAAACUGGAGCCAGGAAAUCUUUAAACACACCAAAGGGAUUGCAUGUAGGCCAUUCUGCUGAAAACUGGGAAUAUACCUGUGAGGAGUGUGGCAGGUCAGGAAAUGCACAUUUUGCUGUACAUUUUCCAUUCCAGUAUAUUUUUUCUUUUGGUGUCAUGAGGUUACUUAUAUACACAUUACCUCAGAACUUGUAUGUGUAUUUUUCAGGGGUUUUCAUAAGACAAAGAGUCGCAGUGCUCAUAUGAAAACCCAUCGGCAACAGGAGAGAGAGAGGUUUUUAUCAGGCAUGCACAGUUUGUCUCAGUAGGGACAGGAGGCAAGGCCAAGGAGCAGACAGGUCAGAGGUCAGUUGGAGUCUUACCGAUGUUUGAAAGAUCUGUCCCCAUAUGGACCAUCAGAAUAGGGCUUCGGUUUGAUCUCAAUCUGUGAUCCCAAUCAAUAAUCACUCAUAUAUGAGAAAUUAGUGACACCAAUCAGCUUAAUUUUAGAAGUUAUAUCAAAAUAUGUUUGAGUGUAAUGACGUUAGUGUAAUAGCCUAUAUUUUGAAAAGCCAUGUUAAUAACAUAUCAAUUGUUAAAAGGAUUUGUUUUUGUUCAAACAUCCAAGUUUUUAAAGUCAUAAAUCAAGAGAAAAAUGCCUGUUGUUCAAUACCAAGUUCUUUAUACUUUUGGUACAGCAUUUUGCAUCUUUUAAAAUUUUUUAAU